AUGGCUGAGCUCUCCAAGUAUCUUAAGGAUCACGAAGGAGAGGGAGACAAACCAACAGAACCGAAGGAGAUUAAAUGCUCCAGCACUGACUAUAGCAAAGCCGUCGACGUGGAUAUUUCUUUCAUGCAACAAGUCGCUGAUAAAUUCUGCGAUGGUGAUAUGAGCAAGAAGCGCAGUCAAGACUUGACAAACAAGGACGUCUCAAGCUCUGCCUACGACAAGUACAAGUUCCACUUAGAGUUCGACCCGGGGAAGAACUGCAAGACCGAUUGCAAGGCGACUUUCAAGUCCAUGAUUAGCAAAUGCGAGGGUUAUAAUAGCCAUUCUAUCCAAUUAGAAGGAAGCGCUAAGUUUGACUGUGACGCAAGCUACAGCUAUAAAAUCACUGUACCCGACAAGCCAAAGCCGAAGCCCGACCCUGGCUUUGAACAACACGGUUUACAGGAGAGAAAAUGCCAUACCACCGACCAGUUUGGAGGGCAUGGGGACGUUCGUGGGUCUGAGAUUAGCAUGGCUGCAACAGGCUGUGCUGGCAUUUCCGACGACAAAGCCAAACUGAAGGAAGGCUCUGAGCCUGUGAAGAUGCAGUCCACGUAUGGGAGCACCAAAUUGCAAUUCACCAUGUCCUGGAUUGAAAACUGCAAGGGACCUGAGCAAGACGCAAGAUAUCCUUUUGGAGAGCCACACAACCUUGGUAAUACCUGCUGGCAGCUCCUUUUGGAUGAUUGGCAGAAGUGUGAGUCAUAUCUUCACACUCCUCUUCUCAAUUGUAUACUGACCUAA